AUGAAAGAAGUUAAAAUAAAGAUCAACGUGGAGAAAAUAUUCACAGCAUGCCAAGGCAUCAAGUCCACUGAUGAUCUUCUGAAGCACGACACUCCAAAAGACUACACAGAUCUGAUAGACCGUAUAUUCAAAGACAGCAUUGAGAUAGCAAGUAGUGCAGAUGAUAAGAUAGCAAGCAGUGCGAAUGAUGAGAUAGUAACUAAUGCAGAUGAUGAGAUAGAAAACAGUAAGAAUGAUGAGAUAGCAAAUAAUGCAAAUGAUGAGAUAGUAACUAAUGCGGAUGAUAAGAUAGCAAACAGUGUAAGUGAUGCUAGAGAAAAAGAGCCGAUUUUGAAGAUACUUAACAAUAGAGUAAGAGAAUUCUUUGCAUACAAUACAUAUGGAGAAUCUAAAAUACGUGAUUUAUACAAGGCACUGAAGGAUAAAAAACAAGAAGAAGUAAGAAAGCAUUCUAUCAUGAUAAUCAAUGAACUUAUACAGCCAAACACAUUUAUAUACAAUCCUCAGGAUGGAAUACACAUAGAGCCCAGAAGAGAUAAUAUACCUCGAAGCUAUUUGUAUACAGAAGAUGAGCCGCCUGCCCUACAUUCGAGAAUAUGGACUCUGGAGAUGGAUUGCACUGACUCUUCAACCUUAGAAAGCAUAGUGAAGAUCGCCACUGAAAGCUUGGACAGAGAGUUUUUCUACCAUUUUUCAUACUUACUCUUCUCAGAGCACUCAAAGUAUAUCCCGAGAAAUGAGUACAAAGACACAAAUAUUUUAAAAAAAUACUUGCCGCAGAAAAAGAACUACUCCAUAGACAAACUGUACACCCUGCAUGCAGACGAUGGCACACUGCUGGUGGACUACGGGCUAAAGCUCAUGUACAGUAAGUACUACGAGAUUAAAGAGCUGUGUGAGACCGUUAAAAAGAUGGAGGCUAACUCUAGUAGAAAAGAGAUAAUACUUAGAAAAAUUAGCAAAGUACUUGCUGAAGAAGAGCUAAGAAUAGUCACUUCCAUCAUUGACAACAUAUAUGAAAUAAAAAAUGAAAAGUAUACACAGAAGGGCAUGAUUGAUGCAAUAGAGUACAUAGCAGAUAAAAAGGAUAUGCCAAAAGUACUGAAUAUAAACAGUGAUCUAAGCAACUUUAAAAAAGACUAUUUAGAUGAAAAUGGAGUUUUGACAGAGAAAGUGAAUGAAAGAAAAGAUAGUAUAAAUAGAGAAAUAGAAGCAAUAGAAACAGAUCGAAAUAAUAAAAAAGAGACACUUGCUCAGGCUAAGAGAGAGGGAAAGAGCGCAGGAGAGAUUGAAGGACUAGAGCAUUCGAUUGAUGAACUAAACUACAAAAUUUUUUUAUUAAUUUAUAAGACAAGAAAAGAAAAAGAGUACUUUCACAAUAUUGACUUCAAUAUGAAUUUCUAUGACUCCAUGGAGCCAAUCCAAAAAAAGCAUAUCCUCAAAAAGAUGGAAGAAGUAGCGCUAAGAAAGAAAAUAGAGCUAAAAGUAAAAAGGGUCUUCAGAAUAAGACUAAAAACUUUGGCUUAUAUUUCUAUAGUGUCGAUAGUGGCGCUUAUAACACUAGCAAUACUAUUCUCAGGCUAUAUUCUGAACAAUGAAAUGAAAUUUGGCCAAGUAAUCGGUCGCUGA